AUAUAUAUAAACGUCAUGGGUCAUGGUGUCUUGGUUUCGCAAUCACUCUCUUUCUCUCACACACAGAAACACGGUGUUCACACAUUGUAUCAAUUUAGAACCGCCACAACUUCCAUUCAUUCAUGCCGCCUAAAACCCUCUACUGAUAACACACAGAACAGAAACAUGGUGAUGCCGGCGAUGAUGAUGUGCGGCGAGGAAGAGCUUGAGCUGUCAAGAGACGGCAGCCACUACAGUCUCUCCACCGGGAUUCUGCCUUCUCUCGGCGCUAGAAGUAACCGCCGGAUUAAGCUUCGGCCUUUCAUUGUGUCACCCUAUGACCGCCAUUACAGGAUAUGGGAAACUUUCCUUGUUAUUCUGGUUGUUUACACUGCUUGGGUAUCUCCCUUUGAAUUUGGAUUCCUUAAGAAACCUCAACCACCGCUUUCUGUUACGGAUAAUAUUGUCAAUGGAAUCUUCUUUCUGGAUAUAUUUCUCACCUUCUUUGUAGCUUAUGUCGACAAAACUACCUAUUUGUUCGUUGAUAACCCGAAACAGAUUGCUUGGAGAUAUGUUCGUACUUGGUUCGCCUUGGAUGUUGUCUCUAUCAUUCCUUCGGAGCUUGUUUCAAAGUUAUCGUCUUCUCCUAUCCAAAGUUAUGGCCUAUUCAACAUGCUUCGGCUCUGGCGUCUUCGAAGAGUUAGUGCUUUGUUUUCAAGGCUUGAGAAGGACAGAAAAUUUAACUAUUUCUGGGUUCGGUGUGCUAAGCUCAUAUGUGUUACCCUCUUUGCUGUUCAUUGUGCUGCAUGCUUUUAUUAUCUUAUUGCUGCACGUUAUCAUGACCCCAAAAGGACAUGGAUUGGGGAAACUAUGGAAAAUUUCCUUGAGCAAAGCUUGUGGACAAGAUAUGUGACGUCUAUUUACUGGUCUAUUACUACUUUAACAACAGUAGGUUAUGGAGAUUUGCACCCAGUGAAUGAAAGGGAGAUGAUAUUUGACAUCUUUUACAUGCUCUUCAAUCUUGGAUUAACAGCAUAUCUGAUUGGUAAUAUGACCAACUUAGUUGUCCAUGGCACAAGUCGAACCAGAAAAUUUAGGGAUACCAUACAAGCUGCCUCUAGUUUUGCUCAAAGGAACCAAUUGCCGCCGCGUCUGCAAGAACAAAUGCUUGCUCACUUGUGUUUGAAGUACAGAACAGACUCAGAAGGGUUGCAGCAGCAAGAGACACUUGAUUCUCUUCCUAAAGCCAUUAGAUCAAGCAUUUCUCAUCAUCUUUUCUAUUCACUGAUUGAUAAGGUCUACUUGUUUAAUGGAGUUUCACACGACUUGCUCUUUCAAUUGGUGUCAGAGAUGAAAGCUGAGUACUUUCCUCCCAAAGAAGAUGUAAUUUUGCAAAAUGAAGCCCCCACUGAUUUUUAUAUACUAGUCACUGGUGCAGUGGACCUCCUAGUUCUUAAAAAUGGACUUGAACAGGUUGUUGGAGAGGCAAAAACUGGAGAUAUUUGUGGUGAGAUUGGUGUUCUUUGCUAUAAGCCACAGCAUUUCACUGUUCGAACUAAGCGUUUAAGCCAGCUGCUGAGGUUGAACCGCACUACAUUCUUGAAUAUUAUUCAGGCCAAUAUUGGGGACGGAGCCAUUAUCAUGAAUAAUCUCCUUCAGCAUUUUAAAGAGCUCAAGGAUCCAAUAAUGGAGGGAGUCUUGGUGGAAAUUGAGAACAUGUUAGCUCGUGGUAGGAUGGACCUACCGCUACCGGUAAGUCUAUGCUUCGCAGCAGAGAUAGGAGAUGAUUUGUUGAUAGAUCAAUUGCUAAAACGAGGUCUGGAUCCAAAUGAAUCUGACAACAAUGGGAAAACAGCUUUGCAUUUAGCAGCAUCCAAAGGAAAAGAGAACUGUGUUCUGCAUCUGUUAGAUUCUGGGGCAGAUCCUAAUAUUAGAGAUUCGGAAGGAAAUGUGCCACUGUGGGAGGCCAUAGUUGGUGGACAUGAAUCAGUGGCUAAGCGGUUAUUACAAAAUGGUGCAACCUUGCGCUGCGGUGAUGUGGGUCAAUAUGCAUGCACUGCAGCAGAACAGAACAAUCUCAACUUGCUCAAAGACAUACUGCGUUACGGAGGAGACAUCACACUCCCGAGCACCAACAAUGGGACCACAGCUUUGCAUGUUGCAGUCUCAGAAGACAAUGCUGAGAUUGUCAAGUUCCUUUUGGAUUGCGGGGCGAACGUGGACAAGCCAGAUAAGUAUGGUUGGACCCCAAGAGAGCUAGCAGAUCAGCAGGGACAUCAAGAGAUUAAAGCCAUUUUUGACUCCAGUGUGGAGCCAAAGUCUCAGUCUUUUGGUGCUAUACCUGAGGGGCAGAGUAAUAAGAUCAGGUUCCUUGGUAGAUUCACAAGUGAGCCAACAAUGCCUUCACCAAAUGAGGGCUCAUUUCAUCGAACAGACGGCAGUUGGAACCAGAGCCGUCCAAGGCGAAAGAGCAAUAACAUCCAUAACUCACUCUUUGGGAUCAUGUCAGCUGCACACAAAGGGGAAAAUGACCUGCAAUUCCCUCUUGACGUGACUAGCUAUACAAGGCAUAAUAGUGUGAAGAGUAGUAGAGUGAGCCAAACUAGAGUAACAGUAAGUUGCCCUGAAAAGGAUGAGGUUGCUGGGAAGCUUGUGUUGCUACCUGGAAGCUUUAAAGAGCUGCUUGAGAUUGGAGCCAAGAAAUUUGGUAUCUUCCCUGCUAAGGUUGUAAACAAAGAUGGUGCUGAAAUUGAUGACAUUGAAGUGAUUAGAGAUGGGGAUCAUCUUGUUUUUGUCAGUGUUGGGGUGCAAGAGUCCAAUUCUCCGAAUGGGGUACUUCCUUAAGGGAAUGGAUCCUCUCGCGUGACAAUCACUUGAGAGAGAUCUUUCCCAUUACAAAGAUUUUUUAGUUCUUUUAUAGGUUUUAAAUGGAUGAAAUCUCUCUUGGUAACGUUACUCGAGAGGAUCCAUUCCCUCCAUGCACAUAACACUCAUUAUUGCUAUUUUUUUACCUCGGUCUUUUCUGCUCUCAAUUGUAAAUCCCACUGGUUAAUUAAUGCAAAAUGAAAUUUUUUUCA